AUGGCACAGAUACUGCCGAUACGGUUUCAGGAACAUCUGCAGCUGCACAUUAUAGAAGUGGGACAGCCUGCAGCUGGAAACCAGCCCUUUGCUAAGAAAGCUGUGGACAUAUUUUUCCCCCCUGAAGCUCAGACAGACUUCCCUGUGGCAAUGCAGAUUGGAACCAAGCACGGGGUCAUCUAUUUAAUCACCAAGUAUGGCUAUAUCCACAUGUACGACUUGGAGUCGGGCGUGUGUAUCUACAUGAACCGCAUCAGCGCAGAAACCAUCUUUGUCACCGCUCCGCACGAGCCUACCUCCGGGAUCAUCGGCGUGAACAAGAAAGGACAGGUACCCCCGACAAGCAUCUCUCGUUUUUUCUGAAAGCCAUUCAGUGGAAUGAAAAUACUUUGCAGUUUGAAACGUUUUCUUAGUUCAGGACAUGAGAUUUUCAAAGUUUAGGACAUGGAUCCACACAAACAAAAGGAAAUGGAGAAAUAUAUAAUUAAUGCAUCUCGGGGCUUAGUAAUGUGGUCAAAGUCAAAUUGUGACUAGGAGGUGCCAUCUGGGACAGUCUGUCGACAUUCUCUCCAGAUAGAGAACAGGUACAAAAUACUUACAGCAAGAGUCUGAGAAGCAUCGGUCAGUGUUUGC